AUGAACCGAGCGGCUCGCAUUAUUCCCCCACACCGGUACCGCACCGCAGACGGCGAGCAGUUUACGAUCAGACAUAUCAGGAACCGCACCGCAUAUAACAGCGAGUGGGUAGAGGUCCGUGAGCGGCUUGUGAGUGGCGCCUCACUGUUACCACAAGUUUUGGAUGUAGCGAGCGAUUCGUCGUUGUCAGUAAUUUUUAUUGCUGUUGGAAGUGAGGAAUCUGCGGAGACCGGGAUCAUGGGCUAUGUUGUUGUAAAUAUGAGCUUCAUAGCAUCAAAAACCGUCUCAGUUGCAUGGAUAUCCGUUUUGAAUCGCUUCCGUGGGAGACACGUGGGCCGUUCUCUGUUGCACCAUGUAGAUAGCUUCUGUCGGGCAAACAUGAUAAAUCACAUAGAGGCUAUGCGGACGGAUGGUUUGACGAAUCUGUUUAAAAAGUGUGGAUUUCGUUUGUCAGCUUCUCCUGUCAUAUUCAAAUCAAAGGCACAACGAAAAGACGUUCAGUUACCCAGCCAACCGCAAGUCCCCUAUUGUAUCACCAGCGGUGCCGUAACCCUCCGUUGCACAACUGCGGAAGACAGAAAAGGGUGGUCUUUAUGUAUUUUGGAAGCGUGCAGCUACCUAUCCGGCUGUACUGAACUAGUUGUAAAUGCCUUUUCGGCCGAUUUUCGUGUUUCUGCAGUGAACAGCGAAACUAAACGCAUAAUAGGGAUUGUAUCAAUUGACUCCACUGGAUGGAUCCCGCUCAUUGCAUGCCUCCAAGAGUAUCGUGGCCAAGGUCUGGGCUCAUUUAUGAUGUUUAUUGCUAUGGAAUGGCUCAGGCGGCAAGGUGGCAGCGAGGUCACCUUGAGCCCAUUAAAUGCAAGCGUUGUCAACUUCUACAAGCGUUGGUCCUUUGUCGUGGACAAGAAGUCUGCAGGGAAGAGAAAGCGUUGCGACGAUGGGAUCCCUAUCCUUGUAAGGAGGCUUAGCGAGGGCGAACGCUUUCUGCCGGAUGGGUAUGAACUGGAAGAUUUCGUUCAUUUCGCUUCAUCAAAGCAGAAUGAUACCCUCAGGGUGGCUGGGAGCGGCUGA